AGCAGUUCCAUUGAUAACGUGCAACGAAUUGGAUCUCAGGCACACUCAGAGCCCAGGACCAUUGUCCCCUCCGCAGCAGCAGCCCCGCAGCCCGUAAGGUCGUGAAAAACAAUAACGAAAAAAGUAUUCAGAAGCUUUCCGGCAUAAUCGGUCAGUGUGAAUGUGUGUCUGUAUUACCGACGGACUGUAUGAGCCAUGUUCAUGCAUUUUUCAUAAAUUUCGGUUUCGCCUGCUCUUCAGCACCUCCUCGUAGGUGCUGCGUCGAUUCGUCGGGCGUUUUCCGCAGCGCGUGUGUUUAAUUAUACUGCCGCAUCCAGGGGGCACUUCCAUAAGUAUCCGCAACACAAGCAACAACUGUAGAAAGCGAAACUGAAAACUAAAUUAAACUCGUUCAAUCUGCUGUUUUUUUUUCAUCGGGUAUUUGUUGCUGACAAUUCACUCUCGCCUCUAAUUAGACAGUGCAGUGUAGAGAUAAGAGAGACACAGACAGUCAGAAACAUUAAGAGACCACACGAGAUUGGUUGCAAUUUUCUCUGGGAAGAAGACCUCAAGAUUAGGUGAAAGCAACUGGAAUAGGAAACCGAUACUAGCUCCAUCAUCUGCCAGCAGCAGCAGCAACAGCAGUCGAAGCCCCAGGACGUGGAGCGGACGGACCGAACAAAGCGGGUAGCAGAGUAAAAUCAUAUAAAAUACAUUGCAACAAAGUGCAAAAAUAGUGUAAAACAGGAAAUGAAUAUGCAAAAAACGCAAAAGGGAUAUGAAAAAUGCAAAUAGCCAAAUCGAGUUCAAUGAAAAAUGCUUCUAACCCGAACAAAUGGGACUCACUGGGAGAUUGCUAAUUGUGGCUGACUGGUAAACUGGUAAACCGAAGAAAGCAACGGCAUAAGCAAACGCAGAAGCAAAAGCACAUGCGAAAAAUGAAAGCAAAAAAUGUAUUAAAUGCUACCGCAAAAUAGAGCAAAAAGUAAAACCAAUCAGAGGCAAAAAAGGAAAUUGCACAAAAGGGAUGGCGAGGGGAGUUGCCGAAUGUAAAAAUUGAUUUCUGCGGUUUCAGCCAGUGGACAUCGAACAUCGGAUAUUGCUCAUAUAUGACUUUAAAUCACAGUGCUGCGGACACAAACACCAACAAAAUUCACUAAUUGAUCAAAAAAUAAUCACAUUUGUGGACAAAAAGUCAACAGAAUGCCACUGCCGGCGAUUAAACUACGAAACGUUUUCAUCCUUGCCACUGUCUACAUAGCAACCCUGCCAGGGCUGACUGUGGGGCUGCGCGAUGUCAAUGUUCGCAUCCCAUCGGCCGUUAAGCGCGGCGAUAAUGCGCUCUUAAUCUGCAAUUAUGACAUCGAGAACGAUACGCUGUACACGGUGAAGUGGUACAGAGGCCGCAGGGAGUUCUAUCGCUACACGCCAAAGGAGAAUCCGGCCUGGAAGAUAUUCACGAAAACGAAUGAAAUCGAUGUCGAGACAACUCAAUCGAAUGCCAGCCAUGUGCUGCUGCGAAAUGUCCCCACCUCUAUAUCGGGGAAAUUUGCGUGCGAAGUGUCUGCCGAUGCUCCCACCUUUGACACCUCCAUUGUGGCUGCCGACAUGGAGGUUGUGGAACUACCAACCCAACGACCGAUUAUAACUGGGAUUCACUCCCGCUAUCGCCUUGGAGACAUUGUCAACGGCAACUGCUCCUCGGACUACUCCAAGCCGGCUGCCAACCUCACCUGGUGGAUCAAUGACAUACAAGUGCCGCCCAAUUACUUGCGCAUCUACGAAAUCCAGCGUCACCUGGCCGAGCACCUGGAGUCGGCUGUUCUUGAAAUCAAUUUCGUGGUGACCGUGCAUCACUUUAUAAAAGGACGCUUGAAGCUUAAGUGUUCGGCCCGUAUACACGAUAUCUAUGCACAGGAGAGCGAGAAAAUGCUUGAGGAAGAUCGUCCGAGGAUUCUGGCCUCCGGUCGCUCCCCGGACAUGAACAUGUACCCCUUCGAUCAGCCCGGGGAUGUGGAUGAGCACAAUGAACUUUUCUUGACACACAAAAAUGUUGGCUCCUCUGCCGCUGGACUGCGGCUGGCCCUGGUCAACUGGAACUGGAAAUGGAAUCUGAUGCAGGGCAAUCAGCUGCUCACCUUCCUGCUGCUUGCACUUCUGUGGCCGGCCAUCUGGCUAUGUGCCUGGCGACACUUCGGCUUCGUGAACCGGAACCUGUUCUGGCACAGUCGCUGCAACGCGGAUGAGACGAAACGGUGAUGAGUCGGCCACAGUACGAGUCAAGUCACCGGCCACGGCAGGAGAGAUGGACUUCAGGCAGGCCACAAUGAGUGGGCUGGCCAACGAGGCUUUAGUUUCAGGUUCAUCGAAUUCGGUAGACGGCGAACCCCUUUGGAUCAUCACCGAAACAAUUAUAGAACUCAUAAUAUAUAUAUAUAUAUAUAUAGCGAAUCGAAUAGCAAAUUACGAAUACAGAGCAGAGGUCCUCAGCAUACCGAAUAUACCUACUCACAUAUACCUAUACCUAUGUUAAGUACGUAACUGUAAAUCCAUACAUUUUCAAAAUGUUGCAUCCUUCAUACCCCCAUAAGUCGUAUGUAUGUAUACAGUCAAAAACCGGGAGAGGACUACCCGAAGCGGGGGAAGCUCCCGCUAACCCUACGUCAAGUGUAAAUAACCGUCACAUAAUCACAUGCAUGUACUCUCUAAGCCAGACUUCCAACGAUUGCUUUCCCUCGGUUCGUUAAAGGUCUAAGGAAUCCCUAAUUGGGACUGCGGUUUCUGGGAAAAUCCAUAGUUCUGUUCGCAUCAAUUUCGAAAAGUGUUGGUUUGAAAAACUGUACAACUGUUUAGCCAUAGAGUUAUCUUAAGUGUGAUCCUGAGUUAAAAGUGUGCGAAAGGACUAUUGAACGAAGCCAAAUAAAGUUUCUUUUAUUUGA